CGUUGUAUUACUAUUCCAGGAAGCACUCUGGAAAGUGAUUCUAGAAUCAGUCAUCUUAACUGCUGCGAUGGUAGUGAGCCUCACCCUGUACACAUUCUGGGCUGCAAAGCGCGGCCGUGAUUUAAAUUUCCAUGGCCCUUUUCUGUUUGGAUGCUUAGUUGUGCUCAUCUUGUCUGCCUUCAUUCAGAUUAUGUUUCCUCUUGGUAAGACUAGUGACAUGAUAUAUGGGUGUUUGGCAUCCAUAAUCUUCUGUGGUUACAUUGUGUAUGACACCAAUGAUCUGAUCAAGCGUUACAACUACGACGAGUUCAUCUUGGCUGCGAUUUGUCUGUAUUUGGAUAUCCUCAACUUCUUCCUACAUCUGUUGGCACUGUACAAAGAUGCUGAUCGUUAUAAGUGUAGAAAGUUUACCUUGUGAACGUAAAUGAAGAGAGGGUUGAAUCUUGAUUUGUGUA